AUGUCUCUCGCUGCAUCACGCGCCGUGUUGCGGCAAUCGACCUUUGCCGUCCGUCGCGCGGGCCUCCGCAAUGCCUCGACCACAUCCGAGGCCGCGGGCGCCGUAAAGGACAAGGCCGGCCAGGCCGCAUCCAAGGCAUCAGAGGGACUCUCCAAGGUGCAGAGCUCUGCGAGCUCCGCUGCCUCAAAAGCCAGCGAGACGGCGAGUGCGACGACACAGAAGGCGAGCGGCCUGGCGGGAACCGUGCAAGGUCAGUGGAGCCGCGUCUUUGGGCAUCGAGCGGGGCGCGAUUGGCAUCCGAGGGGCUGUGAGGGCGACGAAAGAGGCGGGAGACGUGAUGCGGGAGCUCAAUGGCAUGCCUGGAGAGCUCUGUGCAGCUGUCCAGCAUAG